CCCACUAAGUAAAGUCUGAUACCUACACAUGGGGUCAGUUCCAAAGUACCAGUGUGUGCCUGCCUGUUUGUCUCUCAGGGCCCUGUCCACAGACUCAACCCUCUCUCCGUGAUGUGGUGCAGCCGUGUGUCCCUGCGUCGUCUCCAGCACAUCGCCGUAGCGCCGUUGAACCUUUUGAGGAAUGCGACUGCCGGUGCCGUUCAGCGGAACAUGUCCAGCAUGUCCAAGGUCUACGUCACCAGACAGAUCCCACCGGUGGGCCUGAAGAUCCUGCAGGAGUCUGGGCAGGUGCAGUAUGAGCUGUGGGACUCAGACGACGUCCCAGUGCCCAGGAAGGAGCUGCUUCAGAAGGUGAAGGGGGUCGACGCACUGCUCUGUGUGCUAACGGAGAAGAUCGAUGCAGAACUACUGGACGCUGCAGGCCCUAACCUGAAGGUCGUUAGCACUAUGUCAGUGGGGUUCGACCAUCUCUCUCUGGAAGAGCUUAAGAAACGGGGUAUCCGUGUGGGCUACACCCCUGAAGUGCUGACGGAUGCUGUGGCCGAGCUGACCGUAGCUCUGCUCCUCGCCACCUCUAGGAGGCUGAUCGAGGCCACACACGAGGCCAAGACCGGAGGCUGGGGAACGUGGAGAACUCUGUGGCUGUGUGGACAUGAGCUGGCUAACAGCACUGUGGGCAUCUUUGGCCUGGGGAGGAUUGGGGUUGCUAUUGCCGAACGCCUUGCACCAUUCAAAGUUAAGAAGUUUAUUUACACCGAUGUGGAACCCAGGCCUGAGUUGGCUAGUUUGAUCAAUGCAGAAUAUGUCUCCAUGGAUGAACUGGCCAAACGGUCUGACUUCCUGGCCGCGUGCUGUGCUCUCACGCCAGAGACGAAGGAGAUCUGCAACAAGGACCUGUUCUCAAAGAUGAAGAAAACCUCCAUCUUCAUUAACACCAGCAGAGGCGGCGUGGUGCACCAGGAGGACCUAUAUGACGCGCUAUCUACCGGACAGAUUGCAGGGGCUGGACUAGAUGUGACCGUUCCUGAGCCCCUGCCCACAGACCACCCUCUCUUUACACUAAAAAACUGUGUGAUCCUACCCCACAUUGCUAGUGCCUCCUACUCCACCCGCAAUGAGAUGUCCGCCCUGGCAGCCAAUAACCUGCUGCUGGGCCUUCGCGCCAAGCCAAUGAUCAAGGAGCUCAAACUUUAAGUAACCAAUAGACACUGACUUCACCUGUUUAUUAGGCUAGUCCUCUUUCAUUUAACUUAGCUUUCAUUCCAUUUUAUAGUCAAGACUAUACAAAUACUUUUCUGACAACUGUGCAAAUGUAAACAUGUACAAAUCUCACAAAGGAAUGAACAUUUACUCUUUAAUAUAUCAAUAUAACAACUAAAGCACUGUUUUUUAAAACGUUUGACAUUGAUGACCAUUACAUCCAGUGUUAAGUUUUACACUAGGUGUACUGAAAAAGCAUGUCAAAGAAUGUACAUACUUUAAGGUUGGCAUAGGAAAGCCAAGCUUUUUAGAGGGUAUAAGGCAGUAACUAAUUCUGGGGCAAUCUAAAGUGUAUGUGUUUUAUAUUUCCCAUUAUAAGCUGUUGCAGAAGACAGAACCAUGGCAAGUUUAACAGGCCUCUCCUGGAUGCAAACAAGCCAUUUUAGAAGAAUCAAACUUCAACCCUUGGUACUGAAAUAUAUAAUCAUGUCGCUUCAACUCAACUCCAUAUCUGCUCUCACAUCCUCUUCACUCCAAGAUGUAUGAGAGUUAAACAUGGCCAACCAAACCAUUAUUUCACUACACAGACCAUUUCACAAGCCUUGUGUAUUCCUCACUUAUAGUCAGAGAAGAUUAUAGCUUAAAUUAACAGUGACGAGUUCAAUCAAUGUUAUUUUCUUUAAAUAAUAAAAGAAAUACCUUUCUUAAUCUCAAAAA